CAGGCGGCGGAGGAAAGGCAGGUCUCACCUCGCGUGCUUACAUCGCCUUUUACCGACAGUUCAUUUCACCCGUAACCCCUCAUACCGUCCUGUGCACUUUGUCCGCUGUAUGUUUGGACCCGUCGGUCCAGUGAUCUCUGUGUGCGCGCGCGUUGUCUGAGGAUUUGGAGUAUAGUCUUGUUGGGGGAGAAGCAGUCGGUGGGUUAUCAAUAUGAGAGCAUCGGUGUUAAAGCGGCCAGUCCUCAUACUGACGGGGAUGGGGCUCGUCCUCUAUGUGGGCAUGUUUCUGAAGACUGGAUAUGAGCACUCAGCGGGGGCUGACAAAGAGCUGAACACACCGCGGAUGAUCAGGAGCUUUUCUGACCUGGAGACGAGCAUCAACAAGCUCUACAAUGUCGUCAAAGCUUUUGAGCAAAAGCAGGACAACAUGCAGAAAAUGCUCGAAGAGGACAGAAACAGCAAGAGAAAAGCUGCAGAAGUUGAACAGCCACCUGACAAAAAGCAGCUGGAGCAGAAAGACCAACUUGAAGCAAAGAUCCAGGACCAAAAGGAGGCCCCCAAAGAGAAAAAGUCUAAUAAACUGUUCCCCGACUCUGCCCUGUUCAAGGAGUGGGGGGAGAAUCUGUCUGAGGAUGACCAAAGAGAGGCACAGGGUUUGUUUGAGAACUAUGGAUACAACGUUUUUCUCAGUGAUCGCCUUCCUCUAGAUCGAGCUCUCCCAGAUACCAGGGAUCCAAGAUGCCUGAAAAAGACUUACCCGAAGGACCUUCCAAAUCUUGGAGUGGUCCUGAUCUACCUGAACGAGGCCCUGUCUGUCAUCAAAAGAGCUCUGCGCAGCAUCAUCGACCGCACACCUAAACACCUGCUGAAGGAGAUAAUAAUGGUGGAUGACAACAGCUCAAACGAAAACCUGAAGGGGGACCUUGACGCAUACAUCAAGUCCCUCGAAGAGCAGAAUCCAAGUCUCGCUAUUAUAAGAGUGAGGCACAAUGAGCAACAAGGCCUCGCAUACGCCAGAGCUUCUGGGUGGAGGGCAGCUACUGCCGAUGUGGUGGCCAUCCUGGAUGCACACAUUGAAGUCCACGAGCAGUGGGCAGAACCCCUGCUGACACAGAUAAAAGCUGACCGAACGGUGGUGACGUCCCCUGUGUUUGACCGAGUCAACUUUGACGACCUCAAGGUUAUUCAGUACCUUCCAGCAGCACACGCCUUUGACUGGGCUUUAUGGUGCAUGUAUGAGGGUUUUUCGGAUGACUAUUACAAACUCAACGAUGGCUCAUUGCCUGGAAAGAGUCCAUCUAUCAUGGGGAUCCUAGUUGCUGAAAGGAAGUUUUUAGGAGAAAUUGGACUACUCGAUGAAGGAAUGAAAGUGUACGGCGGAGAAAACGUUGAGCUGGGAAUUCGUGUGUGGACAUGUGGAGGUAGUGUUGAAGUUGUUCCAUGCUCUAAGAUUGCCCACAUUGAGAGGGCCCACAAGCCCUACAUGCCCGACCUGAGCCCAGCUAUGAAGAGAAAUGCCCUGAGAGUAGCAGAAGUCUGGAUGGAUGAAUAUAAACACAAUAUCAACUUAGCUUGGAACUUGCCAUUUGAGAAUCAUGGAAUUGACAUCGGGGAUAUCUCAGAGAGGAAAAAACUCAGGGAAAGGUUGAAGUGUAAACCUUUUAAAUGGUACCUGGAAAAUGUGUAUCCCAAGUUGGAUCCCUGGGACAACCUGCUGGCCUACGGAGGAAUGAAGAAUCUUGAUGCUGACAUGUGCAUAGACCAAGGCCCAGUGCCAGGUCACACACCCAUCGCAUACAAUUGCUACUACUACGGACCUCAAAUCACUUAUUAUCGCGCAACCGGUGAGCUCUAUAUUGGCGGCAUCAAGUCCCACAAAUACAAUGACAACCGAUGUUUAACUGAUGUUGGACAAAAAGAAACAGAGCCCGGCCUUUACAACUGCAAAGAGGCUAUGCAGAAAGGAAUGGCAAUUCACUGGGACUUCAUUCAGGGCAAGGAGAUGAAGAACAGAGAAACAAAAAGAUGUCUUGAGAUUAAAAACGCCAAACUUCUCAUACAGGAAUGCUCUGGCCAAAGAUGGGAAAUCCAAAACAUAAUCAAAGCCUUUUAAUAUGUUUGUGCGUGUGGACCCAAUAGCAAGUGCACUUCUCUGCUCAUAGGUCAGUGGAUAAUAUCCCCUGAAU